AUGAACGACCCUUCUAACCCUUUCCAUGUCCCCUCCUCUUCCUCCUCCUCCGCCUCAGCUUCUCAGUCUCUCAAACCUAAGAAACAACUACUCAGCAAAAUCGGUCAACCCUCAAGCUCAUCCCCCCGUACGGAACUGAACAACCGUAAGAGAUUCGGCGGGCUGUUCGCGAGUUUCGGAUUAGGCAAUGGGACUGGAUCACCUCUUAGAGCACCACUUGGUACUCCCAUCAGGUCAGAAAGAAGACAUGAGACUUUCCAGCCGGGUGAUGAUGUACAAGAAGAUUCCUCGGGGAAAGGAGCGAUAGGAGGGGUAUGGAGUUUCGCAGAGAAGAUGAAAGAGUUGACGUUGACUGUUGGAAGUCCCGCUAGAAAUAGAAAUAAGGAGAAGGUUCGGGAAGAUACGGAUGAGUGGGAAGGAGAGGGGCUGAUGGGAUUACCUGAUGAGAUUCUCCUUCAUAUUCUUCUUCAACUUCCCCCCACUCUCUCUCAACUACAUAUCAUAUCCCGUGUCUCUACUCGGUUCUACGACCUCUCCCGCACGCCUGUAUUGUGGUUACGGAUAUUCCACGAAGCGGGAUUCGACCUGAACGAACAUGCUCAACAAAACGGAGUAGCAGUAGAAUAUCCUCCAGAGGGACACUGGGAAGGUAAGGAAUGGAUACACCGCCAACCUCAAGCCGAAGGAAGUUCAGAUAAUCCAAAUUCAAACGAACCACCUGAGGAUGAUACUGGUGAAGAGGAAGAAGAAGAAGAUUCUGUCAAAGAUAGUACACCAAUACAUUACCCUACCCUUGUUCGAUCCCGAUACAUCGUUCAACAUCUCAUACUUGAUUCAGAUCAUUUACCUACUCCUACGAGAUUGAGGGGACACAAAGAUGUAGUUUAUUGUCUGGCUCGGUGGCGGAAUUACCUAUUCACAGGUUCAAGAGAUAGAUCAAUCAGACUAUACGAUUUAUCUACUGGAGAAUGUAUAUGGGUAGAUAGUGAGGCUCAUGGACGGAGUGUGUUAUGUUUAGAUCUCGACAUAGAUGAAGAUGGGAAAGGGACUUUGGUAUCUGGUUCUUCAGAUAUGAUUAUUGGUAUAUACACUAUAGACCUCCCACCACCCUCAUUAUCUUCAUCGUCUCUGGCCGUGGGGAAGAGGUUGAAUACUAUACGAUGUGAAAGUUCGAUAUUGUCAAUUGGACUUACGCCUCGAUAUCUGUUAUCAGCCAAUAAAGAUACCAAAAUUCACAUAUAUGAUAGAAAGACUCAUGAACUGGUAAAAACAUUGGAAGGACAUACACAACCAAUCAAUUCGAUAUCGCUGUCGCCGAGAAAGGAUAAAUUGGUUUCGGGAAGUGGAGAUGGAUCUUGGAAGAUAUGGGAUAUCGCUAGUGGGCUGAUAGAGAGGGAAGGAGGAGGAGGGAGAGGUGUAGCUUGUGUGGAAUGGAAUCACGAUCACAUCGUAACAGGAGAUGGAGAUAAUCUAGUAAAAUUAUAUUCAUCUUCCAAUGGUCAGUUGAUCAGUACGUUUCAAGGUCAUACGGAUUUAGUGAGAAGUGUGACUAUAAGCAAGAGUGCCGGUGUGGUAGUCAGUGCAAGUUACGACAAGUCCAUAAGGAUAUGGGAUAUCAAGACUGGUAAGUUGAUAAAGAUCAUUAAUGAAGAUAGAUCAAGUCUGGUAUUUAAUUUGAAAAUGGUAUCUAACAAGAUUAUAGCCGCAAGACAGGAUGGGACGAUACAUGUUUUCACUUUCGGUGAUAAUUUACCUUAUGUCAAUUUGUUUGCUUGA